UCUUGGUACUAUCAGUUUUCAGUUUUUUUUUCAAAAACUUUAUGGUUUUAUUCACGAUUUUGUUGGCUAAUUAUUCUGAAUCUUAUUUAUCUGACUUUGCGUGAUUUUUUAGACCCAAAUACUACGAAUUUCAACACAUAGUGAUGGUUAGCUUCUCUCGAUGUCUAAGAAUGUUACAAGCCAGACCCAGUAGUCCUGAUGAUAGCGAGGAGUUUGAUGACGUAUUCGAUGAUAGCCUCUUAAUCCCAGCUUCAGCUAAAAAGAAGCAAUGUCUGUCUAAGAGCAGAAGUCUCAAAACCAGUUAUGACAGUUAUCUGACUAAAGAAAUGAUCCACCCUCUCAAUGAUUUGAAUAAGUCCCUUGAUGGUGAUGAAACUCAAGAACCUUACAAAAGAAGGGGUAGUGAAGCAAGACUAGAAAAGAGGAGACCAUCAAAUAAACCAAGUUCAUUUGUGACGUUUGCAGAAAUUCUCUCCCAUUUUCAGAAUCAGGAUCCUAUGAAAAUGCAACGUAUUCUUGCUGAACAGAAUGCUAAACAUGGGAAUGGUAAAAUUCUUGGCAUUUUUUCUCCUCAUCCAAGACUGUCAGCAAAUCUGAGUAAUGAGAAAGACAUAUUCCUGCUUAUGGCUGAGACCAAGUACGAGAGGACUGAACCAAUACACUUACUAAUCCUACAAUCUAUCUACUCACGGCUAAUGGGCGGGCCUCUUACCUGCCCUGCACUGGGAGCUCAUUGGAUGGAUGUUGGUUUUAACCAUCCAGACCCUUCUAUAGACCUCACCUCUGCUAAAAUGUUAGGAGCAGUUUCUCUGCUCUUUUUCAUUACUCAGUACCCUGCUCUUGCAGAAGAUGUGUUCCAGUUAUCCACAUCAUCGUACCAAGGGUUCCCUUUUGCUUUGGUAGGCCUCAACUUUACCAGGUCUAUUGUACGACUGGUACGGAAAGAGAUCCUCAACCGGCACUUUAUCCGUCAGAAACAGCUCAUCUACAUUGUGAUGGACUUGUAUUGCGCUGUGUGGUAUAAGUUCUACGUUUCGUGGAAGAAUAACGAUCCUAAUAUACGAGAUCUGAACUCAGUGACGACUGCCAUGGAACACGACAUUAUCGUUAAACCUCUCUCCAUCUUGGCUCAGUUCCAAAAGGGUAUCAAACGUACUAAUAGCAAUCCCGGUGGCAAUACUGUCGGUUUCAAGACUUCCUUUAUCAAGCGUGGAUUGAAGUUUUCUUCGUCCUCCUCAAAUAUAAACAUCAGAUCAGUGUUUUCUCAAUCCUGAUCCCGAGGGAAUGAUCUCGAACAUUUUCUAUCUGUCAGAGCCUGAAGGGCUGUAUGUAAAGAUGUAAGGGGACUUAAUGUUUGUUUGUGUGAACAAAUUUGAGAUGGGUUUAUAGGAAAGGGAAGAUUUGUGACGAGGUUGAAGUAAAGAAAUGUUACACUCCGAAUAACGUAGCAGAUUGAAUUAUUUGAAUAUUCUCAAGAAGGAAUCCUGAAGAUUGUAAAUUAGUAAACCCCUCGUUGAUAUGUGAGACCCUUGUGUACUACUGUUAAGAACGUUUUCUAAAGAGAAAUGUAUACACACCAGGCCCUGUGGUUGAUGAGCAUGGCGCCCCUUCUUGUAGCCAAUCACUGAUCAGCAUAUUCCUGCAUAAUAUGCUAACUCUUACACCGACUAUCUUCAUAUAUUUCAUGAUAAUAUAUUGUUACCUCUGAUUAGUGAUAAUAUAUCCCGAGACAAUGCGAGCGUAUGUGACUGUCGUGACACACUCAUUCCUUGUGAUGUGUAACACGAUUAAUUCCCCCGUACCUGACUUUUUGUACCCCCCUCUAGUCUCUCCCGAAUACCAAGAUAAUGUACUUCCUAGUGGUAAUGUGAUUUGUUAGGCCGGUGUGAGUCACUUAACGUUACAUUUCCUGCUUACAUGUGUGCAAAAUAUUUCAUAGCUCCCAUAUUAUGGCCUGUUUUUUUCUUCUUGUGUUAUAUUGUGUGUAUCUCCGUUCGGCGUUCACCGGUUCACCCGUAUAAUGAUAUUUUCUUUGAGCGUCCAGUCCUUUUGUGUUGAUAAGAUUUGUUAAAAGUAAACUUUUUUGGAUGUUAUACCGCCAGAUAAAUUAUUUUAUUUGAUUAUUUAUUAUUAAUUUGUGAUUUUCUUGUAUUUGAAAGUAGAAAAUGGGGUUUGUUCUCUCGUAAUCAGUGGCACGUUUCUCGCAUGUUUUUUUGAAGUUCACAUGAACUUUGAGAUGGGCUUCUAUUUGUCAGUCUGACUGGUCGGUGACGUGUGAAAAACACUUCGGCAAAGUCAACCACUUUUUCAGCAUCUUUUAGUGUUUCGAUUGAACUACAUUAUGUACUGUAACCGUUGGAAUGUUGUCCGGAAUGUUUGUUACACGUUUAUGUUUGACAAUAACACACAUCUUCCAAUCUUAUUGUCAUUAAUUACUAAUUAGGUUCCUUAAACGAUAUUUUCAUAGUUAUUUGAUCUCCUUUAAAUAUUAUGAUGAUCUAUGAUGAUUACUGAAAAUUGUACAACAGUAUUAUAUGUUAAUGUUAAACCUUUUUCUGUAGCUAAUACAGUUCAGUUUUAGUUGCAAGGUAAAUACUAAAUAUAUGAUAAACAUUAAACAUGUCGCCUACCAAUGUAUGGUGUAUUUGUAAAAAUUAUUUUGUGUCGGUUGACAUAUGUUGAUAUUUGAUAAGUUUUAACAAAAUGUCGUGUUAUGACUGAUUUUUGUUUUAAAAUAAUUUAAAAGUGCUAAAAUAAUUUAAAAGUGCUAUGAUGCAGUCCAGUGCUUGUGUGUUGAUGAUACACAAGCCUGGAAUUCCAUUAGUCAUGCUCUUUCUAGAACAAUCCAUGCAAGCUGAUGUAAGUGAAAACAACUUGAUUUCAUAAAACUGCCACACCCCGCUUUCCAGCUUGUCGUGCAUUAUACUUAAUGUAAUGAAAUGUUCGAUAACUUAUAUAUCCGCCGCUUGCAUUCCACUGAAAACAUAGAAAUCAGCCGAUAAUGCGUAAGAGCACUUAUACAAUAUUCUAAAAACUAGGCGGUCGGAUUGAGAUGAACUUUCUUGAUACGUGCCCUAAAAAUGACAGACCUGUCAAAAAAAAAGUAACAAAUAUAUAUCACUCUGUGUAAAAUAUAUUAUUGCGAAAUUGUAAGAUUUCCUUAAAACUAGACCAGGAACAGCUCUUAUCCCAACUAGACCAGGAGCAGCUCUUAUCCCAUUAUAUUGUCCACACAGUUUAACAUAUUCAAUUAAACUAUCCCGGCAAUAUUAGACCCACAUUGUUUUUAUAAUACUCCUCCUGCUAGACAAGUUAAAACUAACCCGCUACUACCCCUAGCUCCUAGCUACCUCAUACACAUACCAACAUGACUGAAGAAGUAUGCACCGAAGUUAUGGCUAACCUUGCCAACUGUAUAGCUGUGAACGGAGGAGAGGGCGAGUGCGCAGAGUUCAUGUCCAAGUUGUCGGAGUGCUGUGCAGCUAAUAACAGCAGUACUGGUGUUUGUGAGGUUAACUCUGGAGCUUAGAGUGGGGAGCACGUGUCUAGGAUCUUGUUAUGGACCUUAAUAUGGACCUUACUAUGGACCUUAACAUGGACCUUAAUAUGGACCUCACUGGGGCUCACAAUUUGGGGGCUAUUUAUUUCCUAAUAUGAACAUUGCUUUUUGGCCAGCUAGCAGCUGAUUUGACUAUAAGUUAUAAAUCGGACGGAUAUUAUUCAUCAUGGACACUAUAUUUAAUUAAUUAAUUGACAUGGCUUUGUGUAUGGCCUAAGGAGUUUUUCAGCACAACUUUUUUUAUAUUUUAUAAGAUGGCUUUUUCUACUAUGGAUAACUUCAACUCAAAUUGAAAAUUGGUUGCCUUUUUCAGAAUUUAACUUAUUUUCCAGUUAUGUACUCGUUUUAUGGGUAUGAUCAACAUAAGGGUUGACGUAGUGUGUGUGACCAAAUUGUAGUGUGUUUUCUUUGACCAAAUUUUGAUAAAUUACAUAAAUAUCAUUUUACUUAAUUCGGAUUACUGUAUCAAUUACCAAUAACUAUAUUUACUUACAAGUUCAUUAAAUCAUUAUUUAUAGUUUGA